UUGAUCACACACUCAAAUCAUCUUGUGCUUAACUAUCACUCUUGCUCUAACAAGCAAAUGAGUUUCUUACUCUUUUUCUUCUUCCUCCUCCUUUCUAAUUCUUCUCAUGUCUCCUCACAAGCCUGCCAGAAAACAUGCGGGCAAAUACCCAUCAAGUACCCGCUCGGAACCGGGGCAGGUUGCGGUGACCCACGUUUCACACGUUACAUCACGUGCGACCCGGACCAACAGACGUUGACGCUCACCACUCACACGGGCUGCUACCCUAUCACUUCCGUCGACUAUGCCAAGCAAGAGAUCUACGUCACCGACCCUUCCAUGUCCACGUGUGCAUGUACCCGACCCAGCCACGGUUUCGGCUUGGAUUGGGACGCUCCGUUUUCUUUCCACGACGACACCGUUUUCACGCUCCUUGACUGCUCUCCAGACGAAUCCCCUGUUUUCACUCCGUUAAGUAACGGCACCGGGCCUGUCUCCCUCUGUGACCGUCAAAGCUCCUCCAUUUGCACCUUCUUGUACUCCAAUUGCAGGGCCAUAAGCCUUAUAAACCUUCAAGUAUCGACGUGUUGCGUCUACGUGCCUCUAGACCUCGGACCAUCGUUCGAAAUGGAUCUGAAGAAACUCCGAUGCUCGUCUUACUCCGGUUUCUACAAUCUUGGUCCGGGACAAGAAUCUCACCCGGAGAACUGGAACUACGGAAUCGCUCUCAAGUACAAGUUCAACGUUUUCGAUGAGUACCCUGGCGUCUGUGGUGGCUGCGAGCGUAGUAACGGUGCUUGUGGCUUCAACACUCAGACAAGCUCCUUCGUUUGCAACUGUCCCGGUGGGAUCAAUACUACGUCGGACUGCUUCUUUCUUUAUAACUCUGCUUCUACUUUUGUUCCUUGGCUCUCAACAGGAGAAUGGGUAGUGUACCCUUUAUCAUGGGUCGUUGUUUGGAUGGUGAUGAGUCUGCGUUAAAGGUUUUCGAGUUAGUCAAUUCAAUCGGAGAGCGAGCAUCAAGGUCCAAGGAUGGAGUGGUUCGAAGAGAAAGCUUAAUAGAUCGAAUAUUAGCUUCUUCUUUCUAAAACUAGCUUUGUGAUAUCAUAUAGAGCAUAAGAUUCUCUAUAUAUUGCUUCUCAUAUUAUUCAAGUCA